GUUUCUCACGCAUAAAUUUUCAUAUUCAAAGAGAAAAUGACCAUUGUAGGCCCGAAAGUAUCUUGAUGCUGUUUGUGUUUAUCCAUGGGCAUCUGCUCCGCUGUUGAUUACGAUAUGCAUUCUCACAACUUACACAUUAGCUUUACAUGAGAAGCUUACAGCAGCUAAGGCUUUCACCUGUCUAGUUCUUGUAAAUAUUCUUAUCAUGCCAUUGAAUUCUUUUCCUUGGGUGCUGAAUGGCCUUGGCGAGGCUUUGGUACCAUUGAGGAGGCUCAGGCGUCUUUUCAAUUUGAAUAAUAUGGAUGUGCAUGAUAUUUACGCGUUAUCGGGAGAUAAGGAUGCUGUAAUAUACGUGAGGGAAGGUAACUUUGAAGAGGAUCAAGGCAUGCCAUCAGCGGAGUCUCGUUCCGUGAAACAAAGGUUGCUUGGUGAAACGAAAUCCCUUACGGAAUGCAUAGGGAUCACGCAAGAAAGCGUCUCUGAUGGUAUUGGCUACAUGGGAGAAGAACGAUGGCUCUAUGGAGCAGGGUACGUUGAAUUUUUCAACUUAUUCACAUUUGGCACUAAUGAUAUCAGUACUGUACGGGAGAAUAUAAUGGCAUUUCUUGAAAACAAGGAGCGACGGCGACAUGUAAUACCACAUAUACGAGAAAUGCGACUUCGUUGUUCUUUAUGCGGGGCGGGUUCAUUCUUUUUUACGGUUUUGCGGGUGCAUUUGAUGGAAGGUUACUGCGAAAAACUACAUCGUGCACCAGAAGUAGUUGACUUGGACCGCCAUCCAUGUAUGACCAAAGAACAGGCUGAUUCUCUUUCUGAGUUGGUCCAUCCGAUCAAUCCUGGACGAGUGAUGUACACUAGUGGUCAUACUGCUUCGGCAAAAAGCCGAGUCCCGUAUUGUCCUGAUCCUGUGAUAGAGGAGCGAAUAUUGGAACUGGUAGAGUUCUCUGCCGCUCAACUCCAACACGCACCAGAGGACUUGAAUUGCGUGAGAUUGUGA